ACCAGCAAUACUUUACAUUCAUUUAUAACAGAAAAUAAAUUUGCUUGAGGCUAAAAAUGCAGAUUUAACUUCACAAUUAACAUUAUUACAAAAUAUGUCACAAGCAAAAGAAAUUAUCAUUAAAGAUCUACGUAAUCAAAUAGAUGGAUUACAAAAUAAUAAACAAUUAAUUGAAGAAAGAAAUAAACAAACUGCAUUCAAACUUCAAAUAGAAAGUACACAAAUGAAGGCUCUAUUAACAUCACUUUCUGCAUCUUUAUCAACAAUUGAUAAACCAUGUGAACCAACUGAAAUAGGUGUCAAAGAAUCUAUAGUGAGAAUUUUAGAUCAAAAUGUUCAAAUGCGUGAGGCUGGAAAUAAUUUUCAAAGUAAAGUACUUGAACUUCAAAAUCAAUUUGAAGCGCAACAUAAAGCUGGUUUAGCAAUGAAUACAGAAUUGAAACAGGCAAGAGAACGAGUACAACAAGCUGAAACUGAUUGUGCACGAAUAGAAACUGAAUUAUCAGGUCUUCAUCUUCUAUACAAGCAAGAUCAGGAAUUAAAAGAGAAAGUGAAAUCGUUGUUGAUCCAACUGUGCGAUUAUUUGAGCAUACAAAUCGAUCAUCAAGAGGCUAAACCAACUGAAAUGAUUUCAGCUUGUCUAGAUCGUAUUGAGCAUCUAUUAAAUAGAGGUUGCUUACCAUGGGUAUGUGUUCAGUCAAGUGAAAUACGUGAUCAUCAUCAUUUUAAAAAUCAUGAACCAUUAGUUCCAAAUGAACAAUUUGUUCGGAAUUGUGAUAAUUCAAAUAAAUGUUUACAUGAUCUAGAAUGUCAUCAGUCACAUUUACCAUGCCAUUUACAGAUGAGCAAAGAGCUGUCAGAAAAUGAUUGUGAUCAUAAACAGAUUGAAUAUUUAACAGAUCAAAUUAUAAUGAAACAAGGUCAGUUAUCAUUAAAAGAUUGGCGAUCAAUCAAAAAAUUGUGUAACUUAUGUAAUGAGAAAUUAAUAAAAUGUUUUUCUGAUCAACUGAGUGAAUUAUUUGAACAAAUAACAGAAAUUCAUAAGGCAAAUGCACAAAAUCCGAAGUGUAAUGACCAAAUUUUAGCUAAAUUACAAGAAGAACUUGAAAGUAAACAGAUAGAAUUGAAUGAUGUCAAAAAUAACUUCGAAUCACAAAUCUUAGAUAAAGAUAAACAAAUUGAAAAAUUGAAUGGAUCUUUGAAACUUCAAAUACAAAAAACGGAGAAAUUUCAAAAAUUAAUUGAACAGCAACAUUCAAAUUCACAAAAUAAACAUGAAGCAUUUAAAAUGGCAAAAAGUUUAUUAGUUAAUGUACAUGCUAAAAAGAAAGAACUCGGGACAUUUCGGGAUCUUAUCGGAAGAAUGCUGGAUGUGGAUACGCGAUUUUCUCCAAAUCCUGAUAUGAUGAUAUUUCAACGACUUCAACAACUGAUAGACUUUGCAGUUUCUAGCCGUUUAACAUCAAUUCAACCUAAUAUAACAACCUCAUUUAGUAACACCCCUAAUAAUACAUUUUAUCCUUUUAUAAAUUCUUCUAAAUCAACAAUGAGUCAAAUCCCUAUUAAACCGUUAAGUUCUACGUAUACAAACAACCUAGCUCUACCGUUAUGGGAUAAACAUCGUGAAGGUAAGGAAAAGUGUUUAUGAAUUAUGUGAUGAACAAUAAGCAGCAAUAUAAAUCACAAACUGCGAGUCGCACAUACUAAUUUUAGUUACUGUUCUUUUAUGAUAUAUAAAUCAGUACUAAACUUUGUUAGUCAUCUUAUCAAAUAGGUAAAGAGCGAACACUUCCAAUGGC